ACGUCCAACUGGUGGAGGUUGAAGAAGAGUUUCCCCCUGAGACCCCCCCACACAUUAAAGAGGAACAGGAGGAACUCUGGAUCAGUCAGGAGGGAGAGAAGCUUCAAGGGCUGGAGGAGGAUGAUAACAGCAAGUCAACAUUCACUCCUGUCCCUGUGAAGAGUGAAGAUGAUGAAGAGAGACCUCAGUCCUCUCAGCUUCGUCAGAGACAAACAGAAGCUGAUGGAGAGGACUGUGGAGGACCAGAACCAGACAAGAACUCCGAUCCAGAGACACGUUUACAACCAGAGACUGAGGACAACCCUGGAGACUCUUCAGAACCUGACACUGAAGACAGUGCCGGUUGGAAGGAGACCAGAGAACCUCCGUCAGGUUCAAACUCUCGAGUCCCCGUCAGUGAUUCAAGGCGUAGUUCUGCAAAUAAACGCUGUAAAUGCUCUCAGUGCGGGAAAACAUUAAGCAAGAAGAGUGAUCUGAAUCGACACAUGCUAAUUCACACAGGAGAGAAACCCUUCAGCUGCGCACUGUGCAGUAAAAGGUUUAUCCGCAGGAGUCACGUGACGAGACACAUGCUAGUUCACAGCGGAGAGAAACCCUUCAGCUGUUCACUGUGCAGUAAAAGGUUUAUUCGCAGGAGUCAUGUGACGAGACACAUGGAAGUUCACACCGGAGAGAAACCAUUCAGCUGCUCAGUUUGUGGGGAAUCUUUUACACAAAGUGAACAUUUACAGAUUCACCUGAGAGUCCAUGAAGAAGAGAAACCAUUCAGCUGCUCUCUGUGUAGCAACAGAUAUACACAGAGGGGGGAAUUAAACCUUCACAUACAGGUUCACACCGGAGAGAAACCCCACGGCUGCUAACUGAGAAGUGGAAGAUAUUAGGCAUGUUUGAGAUGAGCUGCGUCUCGCCUCGAAAGUAGACGAGAAUAGCCGAUUGCAGCCGGGGGAGGUCUCAAAAAGCUCGCCUGAAGUCGGACAGCUCGGAGUCGGCUUGACUCGGUUUGCAAUGACGGAAAUUGCGUUGGCGUUCUUCGUUGCAGAUUAAGUGGAUGCAAUAGAAAUCCCACAAUUAGUAUAUCACUACAAAUGAAUGACUCAAGUGUCUGUUCAUUUAAAAAAAAAAAUCAAUACAAGGGGGGUUGAAUCCUACAUGUAAAAGACAGAACCACUACUUUUCAAAACUACUUCCGUCAGUGGUCUUGACCAGUUUGCAUUUAUGAAGAACGCACACAUGUGUUUAAUCGUUAAUGUCAGAUAUGUACUAAGUAAAUAAAUGUGUUCCUGAUCAAGAUUAGAUUCAACUUAUGUUAUUGCACAGAUUACAGGUACUGAGACAACGAAAUGCAGUUUAGCUUCUAACCAGGAGUGCAACAAGCAGUAAAGUGAAAAGUAAUGUACACAAUAGACAGAAUA